GAGGGGAUCCAGUUCUGAGAGGAAGGCACGGGCGGCGGAGCUCGUCCUGGAAAGACUUUUCUGCUGACUGUCAUCUUUUUCUGGAAAACUGGAUCCUUCCAACCAUAUGGGGAUGAACCAUAUGGGGAUGAACCAUAUGGGGAUGACCCACAUGGACAGCAACAGCACCAUGCCACCUCAUCAUCACCCAACCACCUCGCCCUCACACUCCCAUGGUGGAGAAGGCAUGAUGAUGCCUAUGACCUUCCACUUUGACUUUAAGAAUGUGGAACUCUUGUUCUCUGGUUUGGUAAUCAACACAUCUGGAGAGAUGGCUGGAGCUUUCGUAGCAGUGUUUUUACUAGCAAUGUUUUAUGACGGACUCAAGAUAGCCAGAGAAGGUCUGCUGCGUAAGUCUCAAGUCAGCAUUCGCUACAAUUCCAUGCCUGUCCCAGGACCAAACGGAACCGUCCUCAUGGAGACACACAAGACUGUCGGGCAGCAGAUGCUGAGCUUCCCCCACCUCCUGCAGACAGUGCUGCACAUUAUCCAGGUAGUCAUCAGCUACUUCCUCAUGCUCAUCCUCAUGACCUACAAUGGGUACCAAUGCAUCGCAGUAGCAGCGGGGGCUGGGACAGGAUACUUUCUCUUCAGCUGGAAGAAGGCAGUGGUAGUGGACAUCACAGAGCAUUGCCAUUAACAUCAGACUCCACAGAUUGCUGUAGGAAGCAUCUUGGAACUGAAAGAUAUGAUUCCCCCUCCAACCAUCCCUUCUCUCUUCUAUCUCUAUGCACACACACUUACUGAAUAGAGGCUUAGUUGACAGUCUCUGAGUAGUGGUUCUUCUAGUAAGAUGAAAUUGACAUUUCUCUUCAGAAGUCACCUGUGGGAUGUCUUCUCCCUCCUAAUCCUGAGCUUUGUCUAAUCCAGGUAGCUCUUUAGUUAAUGACAUGGUUAUCUGCUUUUUAUUUUUCUGGUUUUGGGGUUUUGUGUAUUUUUGUUUUAAAUAGAUAAUAUGUGGGUGGAAUUCUGAGUCAGUGAUAGAAAAGGAUUUUAACUUCAAACAGGACUGAUGGUAAUUAGGGACAUCUCACCCAACUCGGGGCUUCAGUUUCAUAGUAGAAAAUAAUCUCAUCUUAACUCAGUGAGUUCUCUAGGUGUGAUGUGUUACACCAAAAUACUAGUAGAGUGUGGAGAGUGGUUAGGGACUAAAUACAGUCAUCGAGUUUGAGGAGUGUGUAAUCUUGCUCUCUUAUCCACGUAACACUGUGAUUAGAAAUGAACUUACCAAUCAAAACAAAAACAGAACAGUCAAUGUGAGACUAUAGAAAUAGAGAUUGUUAAAUAAAACCAUUGGCAUUUUUCUUUGACUCAGACAUUUGUUUGUCCCAAAUGAACAAAGCAAAAGUUUGUAAUUUUUUUCCUAUUAUUGUGUGCUUCCCUUGAAACAAAUGAUUUUCAAACUUUAGAAUGUUUCAGAGUCACCCAGAGUGCUUCUUGUUAAGAUAAUACUUGGUGGACUUCAACCCUAGUGCUACCAAAUUUGGCAUUUCUAAGUUUCUAGGUGAUGUUUCUGCUGACAAUCUAGAGGAUUACCCUGAGUUGGCAUUAAAAUAGCAAAGUUGUACGUGGAAGGGACAGAGGGUGGGGCUACCUGGUAUCCAGCAUGAGAAUCUGAACUGCUGGUUGGUAGGUGGUAUGUCUUGGGCAUGUGUCACACCUAAAUGCUGCUGGCUAAUACUUAUUCAUUCCACAAACUUUUAUUUAGCUCCCGAUAUGCUUUAUGUGCUCACAACACACAACUCGUGUGGACUAUAGCCAGAGUACACACAUGUAUACAAAGUCUCUAGUCCUUUAUGUGUGCUCAUAACACACAACUUGUGUGGACUAUAGCCAGAGUACACCAUGUAUACAAAGUCUCUAGUCCUUUGUGUGUGCUCAUAACACACAACUUGUGUAGACUAUAGCCAAAGUAUACACAUGUAUAUAAAGUCUCUAGUCCUGAUUUUUAAAGAUCUGAGGUUCCUUGUAAGUAGUUUGAAGGCCAAGAGACCUUUGAUCUGCAGUGCAGGUCAGCCAGCCAAAGG